GAUUAACAGUGACCUCAGCAUUCGCAUUUGUGAUAACAAUAGAUGCAUCAUCAUGCUCUUUGAGAAUAUAUUUAUAUAAAUAUUUAACAGACUUGAUACUCGAAACUAUUUCUACAUUAAUAUGGCAAUUAAAUAUUUCUGAAAGUUUAGGGCAAUACGGAACAACAUUAGAAUUAUAUUUCAUUUGCCUCGUUCCUUCGAUUACAACUGUAGUACUUCCAUCGUUGAUGCUAGAGGCCACUACGUUUAGAGUUAGAAUUUUUCCAAGUCCCUCUCCCUUGGCCCUUCUCUUCGUUUAUCUUCAUAUUCUUUCGUAGUGCGCUGGAGGUCACACGUGUUUCUCAAUAUUUUCAAUUUUCGAAAUUAAAAUGGUAAAGCGAAAAAGUGUUAGCCCGGUAGAAGUGGAACAUUUAAAGAAACAGUUUAAAUUAAUACAAGAAACUAUGAAAAAUGUAAUUGGUGACGCGAGUGAUCCAGAAAGUGAUGUGGAUAGCAGUUCCACCGAGGAAGUGAGAGAUCAUCUCAGCGAAGACGAGGACCCCGAAACUGAUCCCGAUCGGCAGUCAUCAAAGGAAAAUGACAAUGUCAAAGGUGAAGGCGACCCUUCCACCAAAAAACAGGAGGAAAAUAAUGGUGAAAUACCAAUGAACGAAGAAUUUGCAGAAAUUUUCGGUUUAGAUCCUAACGCUUCAAAAGCGAUUGAAUCAAAAUUGCACUCUGGCAUUUUGAGUAGAUGGAAAUUUUGGGCCUCAAAAGGUCAAAAAGCGGAUGAUGUCGAAAAACUCCUAGAAAAAUAUCAAAGUCCUACAGGGUUAGAAGAGCCAAAACUCAACCCUGAGAUAUUAUUAAAAUUAGCCAAACACUCAAAAACUCGAGAUAGUCACAUGACAAAAAGACAAAGAUUAAUUGGUGCAGCAUUAACGUCUUUAGGAUCUGCAAUGUCGUCUUUGAUGGAUGAUACCGAAAGUAUCGACAAAUUGAUCUUUAUGGAGAGAAUGAAUGACAUAGGAAAAAUCCUUACAGAAAUUUUCUAUAGUCAAACGAAGUCUAGAAUAGCUUUCAUUCUAGCGGGUCUCGAUAAAGAAACUAAGGCUCUCUUGGAAGACAGACAAACUGAGGAAUUCCUAUUUGGUAAAAAUUUGUCUAAAAGGAUUAAAGAAGCUAAAGCUAUGGACAAAGUAGCCUCCUCCAUAAAAAAGCAAUUAAAACCAAAAAUUCCUGUGACUAAAAAUUUAAACUACAACAAUCAACAUCCAAAAUGGCCAACUCCGAGCACAUCGGGAACUCAACAAAAUUUUCAAAACAGACGUCUAUACUUCAAGACAAAGCAGCCAUUCAACCCAAGGGCACCAUAUCAAGGUCAAAACAGACAGAGAAACCAGCAGCGACCCAAAUAAAUGACCAAAAUGCACCCUCAGGCUCAGCAACUAUCUUUGAUGGCAUGCAGAGUCUCAGGAAGGCGUUCAUAAAUAAAAACAUCCCGACUGAAUCAAUCGACAUUAUUUUGUCAUCUUUGGCACCA